AUGUCUGGUCCAACCGUUGCCAACGCGCCUUCUGUGUCCAAACCACAAAUGCUGCGCCAAAACUCUGAUGUCGAGUCGUCCACAGACGAAAAGAGUACAAUCGACAUAGAACAUGUCCCAGUUAACGAUGACCCCCGUCAGUGGAGUCGUGCCAGAAAAACGACAACUUUGUGCAUUGUGUCGCUGGCUACAAUGAUGUCUGCAUUAGCUUCUAACAUCCAAAAUCCCUCGAACUCUCUGAUAGAGGAAGAUCUGCAUGCGACAAGCAGCCAGAUUAGCUGGACAUUGGCAGCGUUCCUAGUCGUACAAGGGAAUUUUCCUCUUAUAUGGAGUGCCGCAAGUGAGAUUAGAGGACGUAAGCCUGUGUAUUUGGUGGCUUCGGCUUUAUUCAUGGCAGGAAGUGCUGCCUUGGCACUUUCGAAGACCAUCGAGAUGAUGAUCGGUAUGCGAGUCCUUCAAGCUGCAGGAUCAUGUGCUGUCAUGGCUAUUUCAGCUGCGACCCUAGCCGAUAUUUACGACACUCACGAGCGAGGGACCACGAUGGGCAUCUUCUUUGCUGCACCUCUCUUAGGACCCGCACUCGGCCCUAUCAUCGGUGGAUCGUUGUCACAAGCCUUCAACUGGCGCGCAAGUUUCUACUUCUUGCUGAUCUGUGAAGUCCUCAUCUUCACGUCCUUCCUCGUCCUCUUCAAGGACACAUACCGACGUGAACGGAGUCUCACGUAUUGCUCUGCUUUGCAACGACUUAUUACAUCCAAAGUACGCGUUCAGAGUUCAGACGUGUCUGUCAUCGCUGGGCACGAGUCCAGCAAGGACAUGACACCUGUCAAGGACGCCGAGAAGCAGCUCCAACAGCCGAAUGUUCCAGACAAUAUCUCAGUGACGAGUUCUACACCAACGAUGGACGAUGUAAGGCUAUCAAUAAGGGACAUCAACCCCUUUCCACCUUACUUUCAAAUUCUGUCGCGAAAGAACAACGCUUUGAUUCUCAUCGCUAAUGGACUCGUCUUCGGAUUCAGCUAUUGCCUUUCAUACACGUGCGCCCGCACUCUCGCCAAUGCGUAUGAUUUAGAUGCUUUUAGCAUCGGCUUGGUCUUGCUUUGCCUGGGCGUAGGAAGUAUCGCUGGGAGUGUGAUUAGCGGGCGUUGGUCUGACCGGGUUCUUGCGAAGAUGAUGGAAGCGAACGGAGGAAAGUGGUAUGCAGAAAUGCGCUUGGAGAGCUCGACACUGGCGAUGCUGUGGCUACCUCCAUCUGUCGUCGGUUAUGCUUGGGCUUGCGAAAAGCAUGCUCACGUUGCCGUCAUUUGCAUCUUGCUUGUAAUUAUCGGAUUCUCUUCGAUAUGGAUGUAUACUAAUACAUUGGCAUACCUCGUUGAUGCCAAUCCUGGACGUUCGUGUACAGCGGUGGCGACCAACAGCUCGUUCCGAGGAUGUUUGGCUUUUGUUUCGAUUUUGGUCGCUGUACCGCUCCAAAAUGCUUUAGGGGAUGGGGGAUUGUAUACGGCAUGGGCUGGGGUUUUGAUUGUGACUGAAUUACUGGUUUUAUUGGUGCUACACAAGGGAGAAUCAUGGCGCAAGGAAAGUGAGGAGCGUGAACUGAAAUACUAAAUGAUUUAUGAAUCCGCAUUGUCUACCACACUCAUAUGUACAAAUCUACAGGUAACGGAGGCGUCCCGAAGUUCUAGUUAAAACAAUAAAAUCAAUUCUGUAUUUGAUAACAUAGACUACAUACAUGUAUCUCGGUUUACAUAUUGUAUAGAUUCUGUAUGACACAAAGAGGUGCAAGAACUAAGAUCCAGAUGUGGCUCAUGAACCGAUGCAAGAAUCAUUGCGUCAAUUCCUGUUUUCGCGCCAUCGAUCACUAGUAGCAGUAAAAUCCUAGUGAGAUCUACCUUUUCUGACACAGCGGCACCUUUUGCCGCCAGUGAAAUUAUUAAAUCGAAAGGUGAUUAUAAUAUAGAGUGCUCUGAAACGCUCUG